AUGCCCAACAUGUUCUCCCAACUUGUCGGCGCUUUCGCCCUCUUCACCACGCUCCCCUUCGUGCAAGCUGCACCAAGCCAUGACAAGCAAUGCUCGACUUCGCGCACUGAGCACAAGCGCAGAUUGUUUGUGCUCACGGAUAUCAGCAAUGAGCCUGAUGAUCAGAUGAGUCUUGUUCGGCUGUUGACUUACGCCAAUGAGAUUGACAUUCAGGGCAUUUCUGUGACGACUUCGACGUGGAUGCCUGACAAGAUUGACUAUGAGUCUGUCGUUGGCGUUUUAGAUGGUUAUAAGAAGGUUGUGAAUAACCUCAACGCUAAUGUUCCAUCUCACGCGCCUUAUCCUUCAUACAAGUACCUUCUUGACAGAGUUCAUAAAGGUCAUCCUGUUUAUGGACGGAAAUCACUCAAUAUGAGCUUGAGCGACGGUGCGAAAGCGCUUGUCAAGGCUGCUGAUAAGGCGAGCGUCGACGAUCCUCUUACAGUUUCUGUCUGGGGAGGAUCUGCGAUUCUGGCUGAGGCCCUUCAGCAUGUUUCUCGCACUCGAAGCGAAGACGCUGUUGACGCUUUCGUCGAGAAGCUUCGCGUUCUAGCCAUAUCCGAUCAAGACGACACCGGUGUCUGGAUCCGUCUCCGUUACCCUCAACUCUUUUAUGUCGUCUCUCUGCACGGAUUCAGCGAAUACACUGUCGCGGCAUGGAACGGUAUCUCAGGGGAAGAGUACCGUAACUUUGAUCACGGCGGCCCAGACUCCAGCAUUGUCUCUAAUGACUGGCUCGAGAAGAAUAUCCGACUUGGUCCUCUGGGAUCCCACUAUCUUAACUGGUCUUUCAUCAUGGAGGGUGAUACACCCGCUUUCUUGCCUCUUGUGCAGAAUGGCCUGGGUGACGUGAACCAUCCCGAGUGGGGUAGCUGGGGCGGUCGUUAUACCCUCCUAGACCACACGAAUCAGUCGCGCGUCUACGCUGAUACAAGUGACUACGUCGUUGGCGCCAACGGAAAGGCAUUCACAAGCAAGUUUGCAACUAUCUGGCGCUGGCGUCAGGAUUAUCAGUUCGACUUUGCUGCUCGUAUGAAGUGGACUGUCAACUCCAAGUACUCUGAGAACAACCAUCAGCCCGUUGCCAUCGUCAAUGGCUCUUGUGGCACUGUUCCAUUGAAGCUCAAGUACAAGCCUGGCAGCAACAUUGUUCUGGAUGCAUCAAACAGUUGGGAUCCCGAUGGUGAUGAGCUCAAGUACGAUUGGUUCCACUACCGCGAGCCUGGUGGUGCAUACGGACGAGGCUUGGAAGGCUUUGACCCUUCGCUCAAGAUGAGGCCAAUCUUGACGCCCAAGAGCCCGAAUGUAAAUAUCACAAGUAUCAAGGAUGAUGGCAGCGUGGUGAAGCUGGAGACUGCCAAGAGUCUGAAUGAUACAAUGCAUAUUAUUCUUGCUCUCCGUGAUGCGACAGAGAAGCCUCUUGCUACAUACAGGAGAAUCAUUCUUGAAGCCAUAUAG